AUGCCUGGAGGUCGCAGGAUAUUUUCUAGAAUCCAGUCUGGAGCUGCUUAUUCAUCCUCAGGAAAAAGCAGUGGUUCAGGAGGAGGCCAUGGGGCGGAUGACCGAGAUGGGAAUGUGAUUCCAUUAGCAUCCAUGGUGGUGUUACCCAAACACAGUCACUUGCCUGACAUCCCAGGAGAUGGUAACCUCUACUUUGAGUGCAUGCUGUUUGUCUUUGGGAUUAUCAUGAUGUGCCUACAGUACAUCAACCUGUACAAGACGGUCUGGUGGCUGCCACAGUCUCAUGCACAGUACGCCCUGAAUUUUUAUUUAAUUGACUUCUACUUGGUGGGUUUUAUAUCACUGAUCCUGGCAAUACGGUUCCUCAUUUGCUUUGUACAAGAGGUAUCCAGCACCAAGAUGUUUUUCUGGUUGAUCCAAACGGUGAAGGCUCUGCUGAUCCUGGCAGUCAUUGUUGGAAUAGGAUUCACAAUGUACCACAUCAUUGUUCAACACAGUGUCAAAACGUGUUUGUUUCUCUGCUAUCCGUGUGUCAUUUAUUUAGUGAUGUUUGGCUUCACGGUGAAACCACUGUACCAGAGAUACCAAGCCUGGCCCAGACCUGCCCUGAGCAUAGACAGACAGGCGGGACCUCAGAGGACCAAAGUCAGGGAUGAUGCUCCACUAGGUCACACUUGUGCUUUAGUUCCUGACAUAGUCCGAGAAGAGGUUGACACCCUGAAGAAAGACUUCAACACCCGGCUGAAACAAGUCCUGUUUAACUCUCUCACAACUUCAUUCUAUGCCACUGGUGUUCCAGUUUGGUUCUCACAGAACACACUGUACUAUGACUCAUGGUGGAUGUGGCAACAUGUCUGCUUGACAUGGCUGAGUGCGCUCUUGAUGCUGACCUCUCACUUUCUGCCUCCGCAUUACCUCCACCUUCUCCACAAAAGUGCCAGACAUCUGGGUCGGUGGCAGAGAAUUGAGGCCAGGCACACCCAUGUCCCGUAUAAUGCAUGGUCAGAACUGGUUGUGUGGCCACAGGGAGCCUUAGUGAAGCACGUUCGAGGAUUGUUCAAAGCCGAGGGUGUGAAUGUCACAGCCGAACCUGGUAACAGUCUUCAUAGUCGAUUUUAUAUGAUGUUUCACCAGCCACUGAGAAUAAUGAACUGGCUGGUGUUUCUAACCUGCCUUGUGGUUGGCUACCAGUUCUUCCGGCUGGUUCAGAGCUCCGAGUGGAGCCACGUCGUGUCCCUGGCCCUUUUGAUGUUCUGUAACUUCUACACACUGUUCAAGCUGAUGAGGGAUUGGUUUAUUAUGCGCAAAGUAUAUAAGGAACAUGAUUAUGAAACUUCGAAUUAA